GAAAAAAAUCUUUCCAGUUCCCACUUCCCACCAAAAAUUGAGAACUAAAACCCUGGAUAAAACCUUACCCACUCUUCCCAGUUUAGCCCCAAGACAGGAGCAACAAACCUAAGACCUUAAAGCCACUUGACAUCCACAAAGACCCAACAACGAAAGAAGAAAUCUCUGUCCAGAACACCCAUUUUGUAGAGAUGAUCCCGAGUGGAAUUUACAGCCUUCGCAGCAUCAUCCGCUUGCCUCAAAAACCCAUUCUUCCUUCACUGCUUCGUAGUAGAAAAACCUUAACUACAACCUCAAGCUCUGUUUCUAUCAACAAGGAGAGAGAGAAGAAAGAGAAGGUCAUAGUAAUAUCAGGGCCAACUGGGGCAGGGAAAAGUAGGCUUGCUUUGGAACUUGCGAAGCGUCUCAAUGGUGAAAUCAUCAGUGCUGACUCUGUUCAGGUUUAUCAAGGUCUUGAUGUUGGGUCUGCGAAGCCUUCUUCAAGUGAUAGAAAGGAAGUGCCUCAUCAUCUGAUUGACAUAUUGCACCCAUCUGAAGACUAUUCUGUAGGACAAUUUUUUGAGGAUGCUAGGCAAGCGACAAGAGAUAUACUUGAUAGUGGCCGUGUUCCCAUCGUUACGGGUGGGACUGGAUUGUAUUUGCGAUGGUUUAUAUAUGGAAAGCCAGAUGUUCCAAAGGCCUCUCUAGAAAUUGCAGCUAAAGUAUAUUCCGAGCUUGCAGAUUUUGAGAGAGAUGGGGACUGGGAGGCUGCUGUGCAGUUGGUGGUCAAGGCGGGUGAUCCAAAGGCCCAGUGUUUAGCUGCCAAUGAUUGGUAUCGCUUACGGCGUAGCCUUGAGAUAAUCAGGUCCAGUGGAUCACCUCCAUCUGCUUUUCAAAUACCGUAUAAUUCUUUUAGACAUCAAUUUGAUUCAAGUGAAACAAUUGAUUCUUAUGACUUAAACUCUUCUGCUGAUGCACCCGAGCAAGAUACUGUGAAGGAUUUGGACUACGAGUUCAUUUGUUUUUUCCUCUCAAGCCCCAGGCUUGAUCUCUAUAGGUUGAUUGAUCUGCGGUGUGAACAUAUGCUUUCAGAAACAGAUGGUAUUUUGUCUGAGGCUAGAUGGCUUCUGGAUAUGGGUCUUCAACCAAAUUCAAACUCUGCAACUCGAGCAAUUGGUUACAGACAGGCAAUGGAAUACCUGUUGAGGUGUAGGGAACAAGGGGGCAUGAGUUCCACCAGAGACGUCUAUUACUUUUUGUCUGAAUUUCAGAAAGCUUCCAGGAAUUUUGCUAAAAGACAACUGACAUGGUUCCGUAACGAGCAUAUUUAUCACUGGCUCAAUGCUUCUCGACCACUGGAAAAGGUGCUUAACUUUGUUUAUGAUGCAUACAAUGACGAAAGUGGAACUUUAGAUGUGCCUGAAUCACUUAAAAUGAAGAAAGAUGUGUCAAACCGGCGAGAAGCUUCCGAGCUAAAGGCCUAUCAUACUAGAAACAGGCAUUUUGUCAACCGUGAAGAUUGCUCAGAUAUUCUGGACUGGAUAAGGAGAACUCAAGGGUGAUGACAUAAACUUGUUCUAUCAGUUUGAUGUGACUCCAUUUUGGCCUUAUAGAACUGGACUUCAGACAUCCUUUUCGAUAACCUCCAAGUUGUUUGCUAAGGGGCCUCAUUCAUUCUGUCAUCUAAUCAUUGUUUGAGAAGUCUGCUUCAGAUGUUAAGCCAUAUUGAGAAUGUACCAGGAAAUGAAGGAACUUUGUGUAUGAGAGUUGAUUUAUUUCUGUGUAUUUAAGUAAAUAUAGUGUUACCGGAAAUAGAUAGCCUCAUUUGUUUACUAGAUUGUCUGUCUAUCCUUUUUUGUUCUUUUUUUUUUCCAGCAAUUUCAGAAACAGAUUGCUUGUAGUUGUAGUAACAUCAGAUCAAGUAGAUAAAGUUUUUUGCUUGAUGAUUAUAAAACAUCAGUGGUUCUUUCGAUGUGUUUUCUGA